CCACAAGCCCCAAUGCGCGUGCGCAGUGAUGCCCCGCCGCGCCGCGCCCAGGCACCGGGGGAGGCUGGUUCGUGCACCGGCCCUGCUGACCAUUGCCCCCCGCCGGACGCCCGGGCUCAGCCCGCCUCGCCUCCCCUCCCCAGUCAGAGUCCUCGGCGGGGAGGGGAGGAGCCUGGGCGUGAGGGGCGGGCCGCGGACUGGGACUCCCAGGCGCUUCCCGGAGCGGCGGUGCGGCGCGGAGAAGCCAUGUCCGCGCUGCCGGGGCUGCGGCCCGAGGUGCGCGACAGCUGCGCCUCGCUGGGGUUCAUGCUGCUGGUCGUGUUGCUCGUGGGGCUGGCGCGCGCAGGCGCUCGGAAGCGGCUGCACCGGCCCGCGGCCCACGCGUUCGUCUCGGAGUUUCUAGGCACCUUGCAGCUGUGCUGCUGCACCCACGAGCUGCUGCUGCUGAGCGAGCAGGACUCGGCGCACCCCACCUGGACGCUGACGCUCGUCUACUUCUUCUCGCUGGUGCACGGCCUGACUCUGGCGGGCACCUCCAGCAACCCGUGCAGCCUGAUGAUGCAGAUCGCGCUCGGGGGCAUGGCGCCCGAGAUGGGCGCGCUGAGGCUCCUGGCGCAGCUGGCUAGCGCCCUGGGCAGCAGGUACUGCAUGCGCGCCCUGUGGAGCCUGGGGCUGACCCGGUACCAUUUCGGUGAGAGGAUCUUCGAUUGCCGGAAUCCCGUCCAGUCUGACCUGCCCAAGGCGGUCAUGACCGAGGCCAUCUGCUGCUUUAUCUUCCACAGUGCCCUGCUGCAGUUCCAGGAGGUUCGGGCAAGGCUGCGCGUCCACCUGCUGGCUGCAGUCAUCACCUUUUUGGCCUACGCAGGAGGAAGUCUAACAGGAGCGCUCUUUAACCCAGCUCUGGCACUGUCACUCCAUUUCGUGUGUUUUGAUGAAGCUUUCUCUCAAUUUUUUACAGUAUACUGGCUGGCUCCUUCUGUAGGUAUACUGUUGAUGAUUUUGAUGUUCAGCUUUUUGCCACCAUGGCUGAAUCACAACCAAAUAAUUACUAAAAAGGAGUAACUAUUCCAAAAGCUGAGACAAAGUUAUAGGACAGUCAAGCUGGAUAUGAUAAAGAUUUUAUUACCUCGUGCUCAAAAUACUAGCUGCACUGGAUUUAUCAAUGUUUUGACUUCCAUCGGGGAAGAUGUCUUAAAAUUUUUCAUUACUGGGAAUUAAAAACUUACUGUAAAAUUGAGGUAUUCUGUAUUUCAGUUAAGA